AUGUUCAUUCCUGUCGAUGAACUCGAAUCUAAACACCAGCGUACUGUGUUACACACUGAGCCCGUCGUAUCAACCAUCGAAGCAGACCAUCACGUCCGCAAUGGCGUUCUUUGGGACUCCGACAACUGGAGUUGUGCAUAUGAUUCACUGCUUACCUUGCUUUGGAACAUGUUUAUUGACCACAGGAUAUCUGAAGAGCAUAUACCUGAUAACAGUUACAUCCAAGACAUCGAGGAGGAGGAGGAUGAUGACGACGAUGUCAUUGCCCAGACACUUUCACGGAAGCGGGUGGUUGUGAGCACAUCGACUCAUGUCGAUGAUGAUGGCGAGCUGUUGGACUCAGACAAUAUUUCGAUGCGCGCUCUCAAGCAUAGUGCCGUGGAGACUGCGGUCACUCAUGGUGAGCACACAGUCAACAAGGGGAAAGGGGUUGCCACUGCAGGUGACGCUGUCAGCGUGGAGGUCAGACGUGAGAGUGACAAGGUCAUCGCAGGCCAUGAGGACGCGGUUGAUGAGCAGCGUGCAGAUGAUGUGCACAAACGCGAUGAUGAGAGCGAUGCGGCAGUGAUGUCAGUUAUGAAAGAUAAUCUUUUCUAUCAAUAA